AUGUCCUAUUUUAAAGACAGGCCUGAAUUUUUUGCGAUGGCGACCAACAGGAGCGGUGCGGCGCAGCGGCCGAACGGCGCGCCACAAACGAAAGUAUGUCAGUUCAAGCUAGUACUGCUCGGCGAGUCAGCAGUGGGCAAGUCUUCCCUAGUACUUCGGUUCGUCAAGGGACAGUUCCACGAGUACCAGGAGAGCACGAUCGGCGCCGCUUUUCUAACUCAGACAGUCUGUCUCGAUGACACCACUGUCAAGUUUGAAAUAUGGGACACUGCAGGACAGGAAAGGUAUCACAGCUUAGCGCCAAUGUACUACAGAGGUGCGCAGGCGGCUAUCGUCGUAUACGAUAUUACUAAUCAGGACACAUUCGGGCGCGCCAAGAACUGGGUAAAGGAGCUACAGCGGCAAGCAUCCCCCUCCAUAGUGAUAGCUCUGGCGGGCAACAAGAGCGACCUCGCCGCCAAGCGCAUGGUCGAGUUCGAGGAGGCUCAGGCCUACGCUGACGAGAACGGGCUACUCUUCAUGGAGACCAGCGCCAAGACCGCCAUGAAUGUCAACGACAUAUUCCUAGCUAUCGCGAACAAGUUACCAAAGAGCGAGGGGGCGGGCAGCGCGGGCGCGGGGGGCGCGCGCCGCCUCGGGGACGCCGAGCAGGCGCGCUCCUCCUCCUGCUGCAAGUGAUAGGUACCGCCACGAAUAACCGCCGUACGGUGAGGGCGUGCACGCGGGUUGAGGUAUGUAGUAGGUAACGAUCCAGCUGCCGGCAGUGGAGCCCCGGCCUGCGCCCCCCGCGGCCCGCGACCCCGCUGCAGUACCCGCACCGACCCGCACGGACAUACACACACUCGGGGCAGCUUUCAUCAAACAAAUGGAUUUAGGUAUCACACACAGCAUGCGCGGGGUCGACGUUGUUAGUACUGAAGCUAUUUCGCUUCCCAUCCGUUACAUGCGCCUCACUAGCUAAUUGUUACCGAGCUACGCCUCGCGAGGCAGUCCGCUACAUACAUCUAGUAUAUCUAUACCUCUUCUGCAAUAUUCAUCAAAUAUAAACUCGACUCGCCUCCCUGGCUCGCCUCGCCUCACAAUCAGUGUGUCGUACGUCCACGCGGGCCGCAUUAAAAACAUUAUAUAAUAAUAUUAAUAAAAAAACAAG